AUGGGGGCGGGCGGUGGCGCGAGGGCUGCCGCCGCCCUGCUCUACGUAGCGCUGCGCUAUGGCUUGGGCUACUCGACGCGCCUGGACAUAAAUACCCCUAAUCUUUGUGAGCUAACAAUGAAAUCGUCUGACUGGCAUAAGACAGUCAACAUAGUAGGACCGCUGGCAAUGAUGCCUGGGGGGCAAUGUAGCAAUAGCAACUAUGGAUUUGACGCAAUGAUUUCACAUUCUAGCGCCGUGUCAGAUGUAUCUUUACAUUUAAUGGCUUAUCUGCCUGACAACGAGUGUAGAAUAUAUGUCACUAAUGGGUUUCUAAAUAUCAAUAUUUCUCUACUCGAAACCUGUAGAUUCCUACCGACCAGAACAAAAGAAACCGGGGGAAAAGGACUUAAAUUUUUUAACAUUUUGGCAAGAAAAGAAAGUACAGUUGAUGCUUUUGUUAUCGAUGAUCUUCAGAAACAAAUAGAGGCAACUACGUUACCAUUGAAAAUAGUUUAUUUUUUUAAAGAUACAGAAUUUCGUACAGAGAUACAUAAACUACAAAAGCAAAACACAUCCUUUUUAUUUCUGGAUGAAUUUAUUUGGUCACAUGUUUCAAACGUGUUGCCUGUGCAACUAUCCUAUGGACCAAAUAAAGGUGACUUGAUAUCGCUUGCUCACGUUUGUUGCAGCUUUCGAAUUGGUGAUGGGUUUAUUAUGAGAGAUGGAGCACCUCCAAUAUAUGAAAUUGUUCACAACUUCAAUCCAAAUGCUACAGAUCUUUUUAACAUACUUGAAAAUGAGAUAUCUACAGAUAAUAAUACAAUAGUAGAAGCUGCUUGUAAGUGGGCUCUCACACAUUUUGGACAGUUUAAACAAAUGAUUCCACCUAAUUUCAACAAUAUAUUUCAUCCAACGAGUUUCACCAUUGAAGUAUAUUUUUGCAAAGGGGAUCCGUAUAUCGAUGAAUAUGAGAAAACUAUUAAAGAAUUAGAGCAAGUAUUUCGAAAAACUCUAAAAGAAAUUAGACUUGCUAUACACAGUUCGUCCACUAAUUGUCUUGAUGUUGAAGGCCUUACUAAAAAUCUUCAGUCAUUAAGAAGAAAACAAUCGAUUGUCGGUUCAAUAACGUGGAGCUGGCUUUCGGGGGAACAAUAUGCAGCAAGGGAAGCAAAUAAUAGUAACUUACCGCUGUUGUUGAUAGGCCCCACCGAUCCCGAUGUGUCAUUUAAUGAUUCAGCAACAGCAGUUCACGCUGCAAAUGGCGACCUCACUGAACUCAUUAGAGCAUAUAAACAUCUACUACAGCUGUGUAAAUGGUCACGUAUUGCAAUUUUAUCAGAUAAAUCAACGUUUUCUAAAAAAUUCAGGAAUACUUUUCUGCUGAAUGAUAAAAAUUUAAUUCAUCGAGAAAUUAUUGUAACGUCUAGUGAUAUAGAUUCAGCUUUGAAAAGCUUAGAUUCAGACAACGCCCGUAUAUUCUUAGUAAAUGCAAACUGGAAUAUUACCAGUAUUAUAUUGUGUACAGCUCUGAAACAAGGCAUGACAGGAGCUAGUUUUAUGUGGAUUACUAGAGACAUGCGAGUUUUUGAAUGCGACAAAGAGAACAAGACAGCUUUACAUCUUUAUACAUUGGAACUAACGUCAAGCAAGGGCCCCGCUACAAUUUUGGCUAAAGAUUUACUAAUGGAAACAACAGAUGGUACUGAGCUCAUUCCGGGAAGAAUUCAAUCUUCAUCACUUGCUGACGCUAUACUACAACUUGGAUAUGGAUUUGAUACGUUUAUUCACAAGUAUCCCUCUCUUGUAUAUAGUCUUCGUGAGCGUAUUAGCACUGUAAAACUAUCAAGUAUUCUUAAAACAAGAACUCAAUCGGACACACAUUCGUUUGCAUACCCGCUUGUAAUUAUUGGCAAAUGGGAAGGGAUUAAGAGAAAUGUAGCCGCAGUAUGGCAUAUGACUCCGCAAGAGAUAGUCGACAUUAACUGGAAUCAAAGUAGCAUACGCACUUGUGAACAACUUCUGGGAAGGGAGCCACCCAAAGACAGGGCUACAUGUUUAAUUCAAACAGGUGAUCUAUUUGCACCACGUUGUCAUUCUGCUGUUAUAUUCAUUAGUGUUGCCAUAUUACUUUUAAUAUUUGCUAUAUUAUAUAUUAUAUACCGAGACAGAAAAUCGAGUAUCCAACUGCACAAAAAGCAAUAUGAAGAAUAUUUGGUAAGCAGUCGACAAAGUGCCACGUCCAUAUUAGAAAGUUACAUAGUAAAACGUAAUUCGGUACAAUUACUGCACAUUAUCGGUCUGGGUAGUUUUGCUCAAGUUCGUUUUGCUAAGCUACAUAGAACUGGCAGUGAAGCAGUCGUUGUGGCGGCAAAGCAACCUCGUGGCUGCUUUGCUGUUGAGGAUGAGAACAUUUUUCUACGUGAAGCAUGUGUGCUUGCGCCUUUAAGUCAUGAAAAUGUCAUUCGACUUGUAGGCGUUUGCUUUGAAGAUGGCCCACCAAUGGUUCUUAUGGAGCAUGCAUUUUAUAGUGAUCUACAACAAUAUUUAAUAUUACGGCGUCAGUACGCGGAGGGAGCACGCCGUGGCCAGGUGACGGCUGAACAAGCUAUGGAAGUAUCAGACGAAGAGUUGACGCGUUUUGGGCGAGAAGCCGCCGGCGCACUAGAGUAUCUCGCAACCUGUAGAUUAGUGCACCGUGAUGUUCGAGCAGGAAACUGUCUCGUCGAUAAAAAUCGUUCGUUGAAACUUGCUGACUUUGGUAUGGCUCGUGAGUUAGAUAGCGAGGAGCCUCAAUACAUAACACAACGUCGGGCGCUAUUUCCUGUUAUUUGGAUGGCCCCAGAAAGCAUCAGUUUAGGCAUAUUCUCACCCGCAUCAGAUGUAUGGUCCUUAGGGGUUUUAUUUUUAGAGUUGGCUACUUUAGGAGCUCGACCUUUUGGAGACUGGUCAGUUGAAAUGGUAGUCCGAUAUGUAAAAUCUGGUGGGCAUCCGCCACUACCACCCGACAUCUCUACGUACACAAGCAGGUUGGUGCUGGAUUGUUGGCAGCACGACCCGCAGGCACGGCCUAGCGCGGCCGCCGCGCGCAGGUACCUGGCGCGUACGCCGCACGCGAUCUCGUCGGCGCUGCUGACGCCGCACCCGCCCGAGUCUCCGGUCAAAUUUACACGUCAACAUUUGAGA